GUUGUUCGUGUGAAAACCAUGUGUUUUGUGGUGCACCGUAUGCAGUGAGCGUGAAAUAGUGUGUGAAAAAUGAAUCGAUUGAAGCUGAAACCACUGAAGCUUCCCCGUGAAGCGAACCAAACGACCAGCCAACAGCCUGACGAGGACUCGCGGAACGAACGACAAGGACCCACUGUGAAACAACAACCCUUCACCAGUGUCACUAGCGGAAGCAGUGCCGGUUCGGUUGGGAGCGCCAGUGCUAGUAAAUCUACGUCCAGCUACGACAGCCGCAAGGAACAGUCGGUAAGGUUUCGGCUAGAGGACGAACUGCUCGGUAGCGGCAGCAGCGAGCUCAGCGGAAGUGCAAGUGCGAGCAUAUCCGAAAGCCUCAGCGCGAACGACAAUCAUGACGACGAUAGUCUAGAGAUUAUGGAAGAAAUUUUAGUUCCGGCCGAUGGUGAUGAAGACAACGAUGACGAUGAGGAGAUUGUUGGUGAAGUCGGCAGUAGUGCCAGUGUACGGUCCGACGGUGGCAAUAGUGAAGACAGUAGCUCCAGAAGCGGGGAGCCAGUUUCAUUAAAUCGAUCGAAGAAGAAAGCGAACAUAGCGAGUGGUUCGGUAGCCGAUCGAAAGCGGCAGUUGUUCGAUAUUGGUGAAGACGAAGAUUUGUUGCCGCGGAGUGCAGAACGACCCGCCAGUGGUGGUUUGUUUGACAUAGAUCGUUUGCAGUUGUCUGGGGACGAAAUUGCACAACAUUUUCAAACGACCGUUGAAAGUGAUCGAAGUGAGAAAGAGGACAGUUCAUACCGUGCACGACGGUCAAGAUCGGCGGAACACGAAGAGUACGACGAUUCGUUCGGGCAGGUGGCAGGGGAGAUUGAGCAUUCCGUCGGUGGAUCAGCUAGUCGGAAGGAGGACGGUAAAAAAUCGUUGGAACUAGCGAAAGUGCACCAAACGAAAGAAUUAUCGCCCCUCAACGAGGACGAUGUGUUGAUAAACGAUAGCAAGGUGAACUUGAACGCGUUAAAACAGCGCAACCAGAUAAUUGCCCAGAAGGGCGGCGUAAAGACGGAAGAAAAGAAUCGAAACGUGAAACUGAACCUGCACGUCAUGGCGGAAGAAAGCACUAGCCAGGAUAAUAGUUUGAAUACGACCAACGACAUUUCGGACCUGGCACCAGAUACCGAAAGUGAGCGGGUAGGAAGUGUUGAACUGGACCCGUCUAGUGGUUCGAUGAGAAAGAUGAAACUAUCGGCCGAGUAUCGAAGUCGUAGUGUGCCGGAUACGAUAGGAGCUGCAAACAAUGGCGCCGGUAAGCCAUCGGGAGCUUGCUUUACAAGUUUAGGGCCCAUGAAGAUGUCAGAGGUGACAAGUGGACAAGCUACUAACGAAGAGCAAAGCAGUUCAUCUUCCGGUGGGAGUGGCAUAUCGGACGACUUGCGCGAAAAGAUAUUAACCACGAGCAAAUCGUUCGAAGAAGUCAAAGCGCAGGGUGUUGUGGCGAUAGAAAUUUUGGACGAUAAGAUAGAACGACCGGGUGUGGAACCGACUAAACCGAUGGAACGUGUACCGGCUGAUCAGAAAGAAGCUCUGGAAGACAUUUCUGAAGAAUCGGAGCAUACGAUAGGAGGCGGAAAUUCAUCCAACACCGACGAUGAACAGCAGAGAGUGACGGGAAUGAGAGCAGCGACGCGUCAGGAUACAAACCAGCCGGGGAAUCUGAUUGAACGUGGCAAGGAAAUGCGUACAAUUCUCGAGGAGAAACUGCUUCAAAAGCAGCUUAGUGUUGGAAGUACGAUUUAUGAGGAUAAUAAGGAAAAUAUUCCCGAAGGAGGGGCGUCCGUAAAAGUGACACCAGAAUUCGACAGUGUAAUUAGUUUGAAAAUGUUUCAAACAAUGGAGAAUGAGAUAAGGAAAUUGCAUGAAAUAAUCGCUACCAAAGAUGUGCUGCUAAAUGCGUACGGUCGCAAGGACAGUGGGACAUUGGGGAAGGAAGCUAACACUACCGGUGGUAGUCGAGCGGAAUCGUUACGAGAGCAACAGCUGUGCCGAUCACACAACAGCGACUCGAUCAGCCUUGCCACUAACUCGACCGAGUAUCGUCCGGUUGGCGAUUUGACGGAGUUGGUCGGAGCUACCAGCGGUGCCGAAAAGGAUCUGUAUGGCAAAAUAAUGGAGCGAAAUCAAUGGAUUGAACUGUUGGCGGAUAAAUUGAAGGAAUCGCUGCAGGAUCGCAACCAGCUGCAGCUCGAGGGAGAAAAGCUGGCAGCGGAAGUUAUGCAGCUGAAGAAACAAUUGACCGAAACGGUUGAAAGCAUGAAGUUGAAGGCGCAGAGCAGUAGCUGGGCUGGUGUGCGGCCUCCGGAUCAGGAAAGCACCAGCGGAGGAGGUGGUCAACGAAUAUCGGAAAUAUCGAUUGAUCUGGUGAGCGAAACAGAAGACGGCGGAUUAUCCGAUUUUCCCGACAUCUACGAUGAUCCUCCGCUGGGAUCUUCCGAACACGGUUUGCAUCCUCCCGGAUGUGGUGAUCUUUCUGAGUUGAAUCCACUGCACAUUCCGUUGAAGAUAUCGAAACAACUCGAACAGUUCCGUCGCUAUCUUUCGCCCGAAGAGGUGCGCCUGUUUAACAUGGUGCAGGGGAAGUUUGAUGACUUCCUUACGCAGGAGCUGGAAAAGGUGCGUGAUGGAGGUGAGACUGAAAAUCGGCUGCUGCGAGAGCAGCUCCAAAUUGAACGGGCGGACAAGGAGCAGGAGAUAAACCGGCUGAGACAGAUGCUCGGUAGCGUAAAGGCUGGUUCGAUCGAGAUCGCAGCAUUGCGAACUGAGUUGGAAGCACGCCACACGCAGGAAAUGGCCGACUUGCGAACGUACUUUGAAAAGAAGGUAGUUGACCUGGAGAAGCAAUAUUCGGAGGAGGUGUUUUCCCAGCAAAGUCGCCGUCUGUCGAACGAUGAUACGGCGUCGGAAAUAUCGGGAGCGGAAGAGUUCCCGGAGGAAAAUGGAGGCUAUCAAUCGAAGCACACGAGUCCGCGACGAAAACACAAAGAGGGCAUCUAUCUGAGUCCGACCCACCGAAAGAUUACACCGACCACGAUUGAUGCAACGGAUGCGAGCACGGAUGAGGUCCUUGUGGUGGAAAUUAUCGAGGAAAAAGAGCAUCGUCAUCUGACAGCGGACGAGCUACGCGAAUUUUAUCAAAGCAAAAUUAAGGAGCUAAAUGCGCAGCAUGAACGAGUCUUUACAAAUCUACGAGAAAAGCUGAAGGUGUAUGAAGCCAAAGAACAGGAAAAGCACGUAUUGUCUAAUCAAACGGCAUCCACCUCCUCCGUUGUGAAGGAUCACUGCUCACCAAUGCUAACAAAUGUACCACCAUCACAACCACCACCACCGCCUAUGCCUUCGGCUGAUCGUCCUACAUCACCCACCGACACCUCAGACGCUGCAAACACUCUUCCUGCCGGCGACGCACUGCUAACUAACCUCAGCUCAUCCGAUACUAACAUCAUCAAGCAGGAGCAGCAACAGCAGUUACAGCAAUCGGGUUCGAUCCGACUGCAAACGCCUACGUUUGUGGGAGAGUUAGGACCGGAUACUGAUCUGCAGGACAUCAUUGCCGGGUACGAGAGGCGCUUGCAAGAGCAGGUUGCCCUCGCCCGGCAAGAUGUCCUGAAGGAGCUGGAAGUACAGAUACAGGCACUUCUGACGGACAGUUCCUUCGAAGACAGCCACUGGCCACCGGAGCUGGUGUUGCUGCGAGAAAAGUUCACAGCCAAGAGCCAGCUGGAAAUCACUCAACUGCAACUCAAACAUGAAGAAGAGAUGGCCCGCAUGAAGAACGACUUUGAGAAGCAGUUGCAGCGCAAGCUGAAACGUCACACAACCUUCGAUUCGAGUCGUGGCCUCGAUAAAAUCAUUAGCGAGCGUGAUAGCCUACGGGAGCUAUCGUCGACUCUGCGUAAUGUGGUUGGUGGACUGGCAAAAUAUUUCUCGAUAUGUGAAGAAGAUCUGAACAGCACGGUGCUGGAGGAAUUGCAACGCUGUCAACAUUUGCACCAGCAAGCCAAUGAAUCACUGCAGACGGUUGACGUGAGUGCUGAUGAAAGUCAACUCGUUGGGGCGGCGGACUGUACUGCUCACACCGAAAGUGUACUAAACGUCACCGAUGUGUCCUUCCUGGCAUCGUGUAAGCUGCUCAAAUUCGCACCCAAUGUUUCGGGUAUCAUAUCGAUCAUCGACGAUCCAUCGCUGGUGGAGUACGUGUCUGCAAAAGGAGCGUCAGCGCGAGAUGGAGAUUCGGAACCGGAAAACAUAUCACUGAAUGUGGAGGAAUGUAUGGAGCGGUUAAAAGCCGAGGCGCUCAGCUUGCUUGCCUUGUCCGAGCGUAUCAAAGAAAAGUCUACGCCGAAGGAUGACGAGUCAGAUAAGGCGUCGGAAAAGAAUGACAGUUGCGAGGAAGAAGAUGGCCUGAAGCGACGCGGGAAAACUCUCGAAAGUGCACGGUCGUUUGAUGAAACCAUUGUACGGGAAGUUACACCGGAACUUGAUGCUAAACCAAACCCUGCCAAUAGUUGUCGCAGUCUUCCGAUCGAUCUAACCGGGUUGCAGCUAAAUGGUGAGCUAAAUAUGCAGCUGCACGAGCUGAAGAAUCGAUUGCUCAAGUCUGAAGAUGAGCGUAAGCUGCUCGAAACGGAGCUGGCCGAGGCUCGCAGCAAACAGAACAGUUUGGUGUGUGAACUGUCCGAAACGAAGCAACACCUGCUGGAGCUAAACAGUCAACGGGUGGAGUUUAGUGAGGGGUACGGAACGAAUGCGCUACUACCGACUGCCCAGCGUGUUAACAAUUCGUUUGUGGAGUUGCAAGAGAGAGCAAAGGCGUUGCUGGGCAGUACAGGGUCCGGUGCAGAUCAAACGAUAGAGGACAAUUCCAUGUUGCUGCAAUUGGUGGAAGAUUUUUGUCGCGAAGGGGAACGAUACAUGGAGGAUGGGAAGCGUGACCGAAUGGAUUUGCAAUCGCAGAUUGAAGCGGCCGAUAAACAGCUUAAAGCCACCCGACAGUUCCUUGAAGAUCAGGCCGCUGAACGUGAGCAGGAACGUGAUGAGUUCGUCAAGGAAAUCGAACGUCUCAAGAGCGCGAUGCGUGAGAAGGAAAAGGAUAAGGUGCACUUUGAACGUGCCACCAAGGAGGAGGGAUGCGUGAGCGACUGUAGAUAUGCAAAAGAAAAUCGGGCAAUUGCUGCAAACCUGGAAUCGAUGGAACAGCACGUAAAGGAGCUAACAACGCAGAUAGCCGACCGAGACGAUCGGUUGCGAAAGAUGGAAGCGGACCUGAAGGAUUCAAUCGAUAAGGGCUUCACGUUGCGAGAAAUUAUCUCCGAGCUGGAAACUCAAAUCGAAAGCAAGACAAUCAACGAGCAUGUGCUGGAAACGAAGGUUAAGGAGCUGGAGAAGUACAUCGAUGUGCAGAACCAGCAAAAUGAGUCGCUCCAUCAGGAGGUGGAAAGCGUCAAGACGGAUUUGGUAGGUCGCGGGUACGACGAAAAGAUUGCCAAGCUGGAGGAGGAACUACGCCAGCGACAACCGUCGGCCGAGCAGUGCAUUGUCCUGGAGGCACUCACUGUCCAGCUACGUGACAUCGAGGAAACGCUCGAGCGCAAGACGAAAAAUCUAGAAACGCUUCAUUCCACUUCGGGCGCAUCGCUGGGCUGUAGUAGCCCAUCGGAAGAUGUUUCCGUAAAUCAGGAUAGCCCGUUGCAUCGGCAGAGAAAAGCUGGGUCGGCGGGUGGUGCAGAGGACGGUUCGUCGAGUGGCGAUAAACCGAAAGUAACGCCCUUGCCGGUCGAUGAAGUGCAACGGAUAUUCGAUAAGCUGCAUCGGCAUUCGCGUGUCGAGGAUGUGGCUAUCAAGCGCAUCAACGAUCUUGAGAUGCAAAUUAGCCACAUCAGGAGUGGCUAUGCGGAGCUUCAGCACGAGCGCGAUGUACUGCAGGAGAAAAUGUCUGAACAAUCCUUGAAGAUCUCAUCCCUCCAGACGAAACUGGACGAGCAGCGAUUACGCGCCGAAGAACUGCACCGACAGGGCACGUCCCAGCUUACGGUAAAGGUUCAUGAUCUGCAAAACGAGUUGCACAAUCUGAAGGAAACGCUUCAAACGCGUGACAAACAGAUUGUCAAUCUGAAACAGUUCCUCGAGAACAGUCAACAGGCGAUUGCUCGCCAAGAGAAGGAGCUAGCGAUGAAUCAGGCCGGUGCGGAACGUAGCCAACACGAGCAACGGCUGGAGGCGGAACUGAAAGCGAAAGAAGAAGAGAUUCGCGUACUAAAGGAUCGCAUCAAGAACGAGAUGAUCAAUAAAGCGGCCCUGCCGGACCUGAUGGAGACGAUACUGGCGGACAAGAAUGAAGAGAUUGAUCAGCUGAAAGAACGAUUGGUACAGUGCCAGCAGGGGGCGAUGGAUCAGGCGGAUGCAAAUCCGCGUAAUGAUGGCGCACUGGCGAAGGAUGAUGACGGAGGACGAACGCUGAGUGAUGUCGUUUCGAUAACCGAUUGUGACGAAUCGGACAUGGUGAUGCGAAGGAUGCCAGAACAGAACGCAAUGGGAGGCAUCUUGCCGGCACACAGCAUUCCGAUGGAUUCCGGUUUAUCAUUGCUUCCGAACCAUUCCAAACAAUCAUCUGUCCCGUUGGGAGGACACAUGCUGAGUGGCGGCCAUGAUUCGACGAUGCUCAACUCCAUCCCACUUCGUUCGAAUUUUUUCCACGACGUCUGUUCAGCGGUCCCUCGUGUGCCGGAUCAAACGCGCAGCAGUGCCCCAACACCGGAGUGCAUCCCGCGCCAGAUCGACUUUUCGCUAGCUGAUGAUGGAUCGCCGCAGCUGCUCGGUCGUCUAUCAGCUCCCGCUGCUCCACAAAUGUUGAUGUUUUUCGGUGCCAAUACUACGGACAUCGGUCCAAGAUCUUUGGUUCGGGAACCGGCCGUAAUUGAGGAAAUCAUUGAAGAUGAAGAAGCGCCCAAUAUUGUGGUACAAUCUGCUCAAGCGCCUAUCGCUUCACUUGAAACGAAGACAAACCUUGAGGGUGAGGUAGAAUCUUUAAAAUUAAGCCUAGAUAGGGUAGUGAACGAAAAGAACGAGCAGAUCGAGGGUUUGACAGCGGAGCUGCAGGUGAAGGUGGAGCAGAUGGAGGAUCUGCAGGUUGAGCUAGCCGCUCGAAACAAGAUGUACGAAGAUUUGAUGCACGAGAAGAAAGAGUUACGGGAAGAGGUGGAAAAGGUGAAGGAAGAGCUGUGCCGGCUUGAUCAGCAGGCUCAUGAUAUGCAGCGGAAAGAUGCCGAAUUACGGGAAGCAUUGGAGCAAGUCCGGCAGAAAGAAUUCGAGCUGGGUGAGGUAAACUCCAAGUAUGAGAAGGUACGCCUCGAAAUGGAGGACGUUACGAAGGAAGCUACCGUUUUGCGGGCUGAACAAACACGACAGAAGCUGGAGGUAGACACGCUAAGGCAGCAGAUUGAAUCGCUGAACAAAACUAUUGGACAUAAGGAUGAGCUGAUGUCGAAGUUGGAAAAAGAUUUGCUAAACUAUAGCAAAAAUGAAGAAAAAUAUCUGGAACAGUUGCGUUCGCUAGACUCGAAGGAGACAGAACUGAAAAUAAUGCAAGGCAACUACAAGGAUCGGUUGCACGAGAUCGAGAUACUGAACGAGGACAAUCGCUUCCUGACGGAGGAUAUAAAUCGGUUGAAAAAUGAAAUCGCCCGCAGUAAUAAUUCGCUUAGCUCGAACUCUUCCUACGUCCAGGCAUUGAAGCAAAGCUGCACCAAGCUCGAGGAAGAACUGCAGGAAACGAAACUUUUGCUGACGGAAAAGAUGUUGGCACUCGAACGGGUAAGAAUCGAUCUGAGCAGUUGCCAGCAUGAGUCGGAAGAUUUACGUUCCGCGUUAAAGGAAAAAGAAAUGAUCAUACAACAGAUCGGCGACGAUGGAAACAGUCUUCACGAGGCACUGUCCAACAUCCAGGAGAAAAUGCAGGAGAAAAACGUUUCGCUCAAUGGCAAACUGCGCGAAGAACAGGAGCGUAAUGCGCAAUUGCAGUCGGAAGUCGAACGAUUACGGCAACAGUUGCAACGUAGCGAUAACUCGUCCAGUCCAAAACCCUUCUCGGUAGAGGAAAUUGCAGAGCAGCUAGAGAAGGAGCUCAACUAUUCUGCACAGCUAGAUUCGAGCAUCCUGAAAGUGAUCGAAAGCGAUGAAAUGAAUACGGACGAAGAACGGCAGAGCAGUUCCGGUACGUUGGGUAAAAAGGCUGGGUCACGGAAGCCUUCCGAGUUGGACGAUUUGCGGCAAAAAUUGCAACUCGAACUCGACAAAGGCAAAAAGAUGCAGGAACUGCUCGAAGGUGAGAAACAAAACUCGGCCGCCAUCCAGCAGCAGGAUGCAGAAAUCAUUGAAGCGAUGCGUAUACGGCUAGAAGCAGCAUUGGGCAAUGAGAGUACGUUGCAGCGAUUGCUGGAGGACGAGCGAACUAAAAAUGAACGACUUUCGCGGAUGGUUGGUGGACUGCAGCGGACAAAAUCUUUCGACAAUUAUCUGCUGAUGAAGGGUAAGAGCUCGCCACAGGAUGGAUCCCCGCAGCGACGUCUUAACCGUAGCAACGAGUUUGAAACGGAAAUGGUGGCCCGGUAUGAAGGUGAGCUGAAGUUCCUGACGGCACAGAAUGCACGCGAACGCGAAAGAACGGCCGAUCUGCAGAGAGUGCUUGAGCGUGAACGGGAACGUUUCGAGAGGGAAAUUACCGAACGUACCGAACAUGGUGAGCAGAUCAAGAAGGAGCUAAACCGUGUGCUGAAGGAAAAGGAAUCGCUCGAGCUCGAAUUAGAUCAUGAACAGGAAAAGCUGGAACUUGCGCACAAAGAGAUCGAAAGUCUGGAAAAGCGUAUCGGUGCGCUACAGGAAGCGGAAGCACUACGGUCGGCACGCCGAGAGCGAACCUCUGGUCAGAACUCGCUCGAGUAUCAGGAACUUAAGCUACGUCUGGAAGGUGUAGAAUUCGAACGCAAUCAACUGCGGGACACGGUACAGAGUCUUCGCUCGGAGGUGGAACGACGACGAGUCCGAGAAGCACAUCUAACAGAAGCGUUGUCGCGGGAAAAUUCUCUCAAUGCACAGCACCAAACCCAACAGCAGAUUGUACCGGAAGAGUUCCUCAACAAGCUCAAGGAUCUAAACCGCAUGCUGGAGGCGAAUGCACGCGAAAACCAACAGCAAGCUGAAACGGUACGCUUCAUGAUGGAGGAACGGCGUGCGUUGCAGCACCGCAUCCAGGAGCUGGAACGAUACAACGUCCACAACAGCGGCGGUGCUCAUCAUCAGCAGCGGGAAGACCUGGAGGAGCGUGCGAAUCAUCUGUUCGGGAAGUAUUUACGCUCGGAAAGCCACCGGAAGGCAUUGGUCCACCAGAAGCGCUACCUACAGAUCGUACUGACCACCUACGAGGAGAAUGAAGCGAAAGCGCUAGCCCUACUCAAUGCUCAGCUUCCGCCCGGCCAGCUGGAAGUGCUUGCCCUGGCGAGUGGACCACGCUCUCUCGAAUCUUCCUCCAAUCGUUCUUCGCGCCGCAAAUCGUUCCGUUCGAUCGUGACGGUUAUCGUCGCUAUCGAACGAAUGAAGUAUCUCGUCCGCAAAUGGCACGGUGGACGAAGGGUUUGUGCGAAGGCCAUCUUUUCGCAACCGUUUAGCCCUCGUCGUUCACAGUCAGCCAGCACGAACGUUUGGGCCCGAUCACCUGGCUCACACUUUGUGGAGUACGGUACGGCGGCAGGUGGCGGUACUGGUGGAAUCGUGCGGAUGGAACGUGCCGAACCGAUACCGACCCAGAUGUUCGGUGUUUCGGCUGGUGGUGGUGGUGCCUUUGCGAGGACACUUACCGUACCGGUUGCGUCGCCAACCUCUUCGCUGCGGAUGUCCGUAGACGUGUUGGAAACGCUCCGAGAGCAUCAGCAUCCACAAGCGCACCAACAACCGCAGUACAAUCGGAAUACUCAAGGCAAUCGAUAG